AUGACUUCCAGCGCGACAACCCUCAAGGGCCAGCCCCUCGACAAGGCUGUUCUCGAAUCCAUCCUCCGACGACGCAUGUUCUAUACCCCCUCAUUCGAGAUCUACGGCGGUGUUGGUGGUCUGUUCGACUAUGGCCCUCCUGGUUGUGCGCUUCAAGCGGCCGUCAUUGACCAAUGGAGGAAACACUUCAUCCUUGAGGAGGAUAUGCUCGAGGUUGACUGCACUGUCCUGACUCCCCACGAGGUUCUCAAGACCAGUGGUCACGUCGACAAGUUUGCCGACUGGAUGUGCAAGGACCCCAAGAACGGCGAGAUUCUCCGAGCCGACCACUUCGUCGAGGCCAUUCUCGAAGCCCGCCUGAACGGUGACAAGGAGGCCCGUGGCCAGAAGGUGGAGGAAAAGGAGGAGGACCCCAAGAAGAAGAAGAAGAAGGCAAAGACUGAGGCUGUCAAGCUUGAGGAUUCUGUUGUCCAAGAGUACGAGGAGGUCCUUGCCAGAAUCGACAACUACGGUGGCCCUGAGCUCGGCGAGCUCAUCAAGAAGUACGACCUCAGAAACCCUGCUACUGGUGUCCAGCCUGCAGAGCCUGUUUCCUUCAACCUCAUGUUCCAGACCUCUAUCGGUCCCAGUAGCAACUACCCUGGUUACCUCCGUCCCGAGACUGCUCAGGGCCAGUUCCUGAACUUUGCCAAGCUUCUCGAGUUCAACCAGUCCCAGAUGCCUUUCGCUUCCGCCUCUAUCGGCAAGUCAUACCGUAACGAGAUCUCUCCUCGUGCCGGUCUUUUGCGAGUCCGUGAGUUCCUCAUGGCUGAGAUCGAGCACUUUGUCGAUCCCGAGGGUGGCAAGAAGCACGCGCGAUUCCACGAGGUCGAGGAUGUCGAGCUCGUUCUUCUCGACCGUGAUACCCAGCUUUCUGGCAAAACCCAAACCAGGACUGUUAAGAUUGGGCAAGCUGUUAAGGAUGGUCUUGUCGACAACGAGACUCUGGGCUACUUCCUUGCUCGAAUCCACCAAUUUUUGCAGAAGAUUGGUAUUGACAUGACUAAGCUGCGCUUCCGUCAGCAUAUGGCCAACGAAAUGGCCCAUUACGCCUGCGACUGCUGGGACGCUGAGUUGUUCACCAGCUCCGGCUGGAUCGAGUGCGUUGGCUGUGCCGACCGAAGUGCUUACGAUUUGAGCGUGCAUGCCAAGAAGACCGGUGCUCCCCUGGUCGUGCGUGAGCAGCGUGAGACACCCCUCGUUAUCGAGGAGUGGCAGAUUGAUAUCGAGAGGAAGAAGUUUGGUCCUCAGUUCAAGAAGGACGCCAAGACUGUCGAGGCUGCUCUUUUGGCCACGCCACAGGAACAGCGAGAGAAGCUUGCCAAGGAUUUGAAUGAAAACGGCAGCAUCACACUCGAGGUGCCUGGUGUUGGUGACGGCAAGGUUCAGGUCAGCAAGGAAUCUAUCGCCAUCGAGUUCCGCAAGAGGGUUGAGAACACUCGUGAAUUCGUUCCCAACGUCAUUGAGCCCUCAUUCGGUAUUGGCCGUAUCCUCUACUCUUUGAUGGAGCACAGCUUCUGGACCCGUGGUACUGAAGGUGGUGAUGAGGCCCGUGGUGUCCUGUCCUUCCCCCCUAUCGUGGCCCCUACCAAGGUUCUCCUUGUUCCCCUUUCCUCCAACUCUCAGUUCAAGCCUCUUCUUAAGCAGCUUUCUCAACGUCUUCGCAGCGCUGGUAUCUCUAGCCGUGUCGAUGAUUCAUCUGCCAGUAUUGGCAAGCGAUACAGCCGAAACGAUGAGCUUGGUACUCCUCUUGGCAUCACCAUCGAUUUCCAGACAGCCCAAGACGGCUCGGUCACUCUGCGAGACCGUGACAGCACCAACCAGGUCCGAGCUGAACAGGAGAAGAUCAUCGACGCUAUCAAGUCACUUGUGGAUGGUAGCAAGACCUGGGCCCAAAUUGAGAGCGAGCUCCCCAAGUUUGAGGGUCAGGAGGUCGAGGUUGCUGCACGAUAA